UGAUUGAUUGGCCACAGAGCCGGUUUCACGGCCACGGCACUUGACUUCAUUUCCCCCCCGAGCGGACGGCUCUUGGAGUGCGGCGCCGUACUCCAUCGCCUCGGUAGCUGCGACAAGAUAGACAAAAAAAAAAAAAAAAAAAUGCGGUCGUUAUUUAGGAGUUGAAUGGAGUUAGUCGCCAUAUUCGUCCUGGUGUGUAUCGCGGAAUUGAAGUGUCGAUGCCUUCGAGGAGGAAUAUACUGCCACGCAACCAAAGAUAAACAAGCCGUAUGAGAAGAGACAACUCUGCCCGCCCAGGCUGUGUGCCUUCCUAGAGCACCAUCAUGCUGGCCUGCAUUCAAAGACGGCAGAACCUCUCCUCGUCCUCGCAGCAUCUGACCUGCAUGCCGAAAAGCCUCGAUGUCCUGACGUCGCCAUUGCUGCUGCCGGUUCCACCGCCACCGCCACAGCAGCAGCAGUCAUGCAGCCAUAAAGGCGAUCCUUCACGGUACCCUUCUCCCGCCGAGCUGGACGCCUUCGCCAAGAAGAUCGCCAACAGUCCGCUCUCCAUCAAGAUCUUCCCGUCCGACAUCCGGGUGCCACAACACAAACAGCUGAGCAAGACGGUGAACGGCCUGGACACCACCGGCCAGAGCUACAGCCCGUACUCGCAGUCCUGCCACCGCGGUUUGUUGGCCAUCGGGAAGGCGACAACAAGCGCGGCCAAAAGCGUGGUGAAGAACUGUGAGGGAAGAAGGACUAAACACGCCUGCAUGGCGCCGUAUAAAACUCUGAAUAACGGCUACUCCAUCAGGCACAAGGCGUACCACGUGAACGCCUGUAAGCCCCCGGAUGUCCCGGUGGAGACGCUCUGUCCGAGCACCGCAGACCCCAGCCUGCUUUCUCGCCCGGAGCUGGUGGAGGUUCAGAGCCUGAUGAGGCAGCUGAGCAAGGUCCCCCGCUGCCCUGGGGUGGCGCCUCCGCAGCUCGGGGGCGAAGUGGCGGCCGCCGCGGUGGCCCACUCGGACUACGUCGCGAACGUCCCGCCGCCGCAGAGCGGCAUGGCGUUCAGCGGGGCGGUGCUGCCCACGCAGAGCGCCGCCCACGUGGGCGACUACACGGCGUGGCAGCAUCACAUGUAUCCGACCAGGAUGUACGGCAUCGGACAAUCACCCGACAGCUGCCUCCCUUUGCCGUCCUCGUACGGGUUGCACCCUCCCAACGCGGGCCGGGAGCGACUGGGCGCCAUGCAGGGUCACUUCUCCAUGCGACACUUUUGGGACGGCGGCGUCGCCGCCGCCACGCCCAGCGGCGACUGCUACACUCCUCAGGUGCUUGUCACGGGCACGAUGGCGGCCCAGCAUCCCCGCCUCCACCCCAACCCCUACCAGACGCAUUUUCAGCCCGCCCCUCUCCUCGCUCACGCUCAGGUCUACGGCGCGGACCAAAACCUCUGCUGCGGGCCGCCGGGCGCCAGCGUGUGCCACGCCGCGGCGCUCAGCAGGAGUCUGCAGUCUCUGGAGUGCCUCAUCAGCGAGAUCCACCCGCCCUGCAUCAAAGAGAGCAUGCUGGGCCGCGCCUACGAGGCCACGCAGAUGCUGGAGCACCACCAGCAGCCUCAUCUUCACGCCCACAUCCAGCUGCCCGUCUACAGAUGAGACGCCUCGUCGUCGCACCGCAAGACAGGAACAUCAUCAGCUGCCAUUACUCCUCAGUCACGACACCUGCGCUACUCAUCGUUUGCCGUGACAAGUGAACGCUCUGCAGGUUACAGGAACAAUAAAGUUACUUGAAUCUUGAAAGCAGCUCUGGUAACGCUACUUUUUUUUUUUUUUACUUCUGCAAUAUGAUUCUUAGGGCGGAGAUAGUUUGAGGGUGUGUGGUAUGUCUUCUUUGUCACCUUUUUAUAUCAUUUGUAUGUCGUCUGAAUCAAGCAGAAUGUUCCCUUUUGCUAAGAUACAUUUACCGGCCACUACAUUAGGUACACUACGAACACACAACUCGUUCUAAAUGUACAUUUCCAUUAACUCUUGAGGCACCGUUAGGGUAUCGAACAUGGACAUUCUGCAUUUUUGAUCCUCAAUAUAUCAGUCGCUUUUAAGGAUAAUUGGAUUAACUUAGACUGAUUAAGUCCAAUUGGAUCGGUUCGCAGCCGAGUGUGAAGCGACUGGGAUGAGAAUCAGCACCUCCAAGUCCGAGUCCAUGGUUCUCGCCCGGAAAAAGGGUGGAGUGCCAUCUCCGGGUUGGGGGAGGAGAUCUUGCCCCAAGUGGAGGAGUUCAAGUACCUCGGAGUCUUGUUCACGAGUGAGGGAAGAGUGGAUGGUGAGAUCGACAGGCGGAUCGGUGCGGCGUCCUCAGUAAUG